UUUACAGCGACAGAUGAUCUUCCUUCUCACUUUACAUUAUGAUGUUGUAACGCUUCGUCAGAGGAGCUGAAUUUGUUUCCGUUGCUCUCGCUGUCGGUGGAAAUCAAAGCAGACCGCCUCUGUGCACCCAGCGCAAUGCAUCCAAUGCCUGUGUGCUCCGUUAGCGGCGGAGACAUAUUUGACUGUAUACAGAGAGGAAACAUUGAAAUGUGUAUGCACUUCCUUCAAAAUGAUCGAUCAAUCCUCAAGCAAAAAGGCUGGGGUGGUUUCACCCCGCUUCACUACGCUGCCCUCCAUGGAAACCGCGCCCUGGUUGACCUUUUCCUCAGUAAUGGAGCUGACCCUAACCUGGCAUGUGAUGCCGGACAGACAGCCUUUCAUUUUGGCUGCAGGCAAGGGAACAUCUAUAUCAUGCACCAAAUGAUGCAGCAUGGAGCUGAUUUACGUCUCAUAGACCUGCAGGGAAAAACGUCACUGCAUCAUGCAGUAACAGGGGGCAACAUUGUUGCAGUGCACUAUCUGUGGGAGACAGGAAUGUUCCGGUUCGCAGACACAGACAUGUACCAGGUGACGCCCCUUCACCUGGCUGCAUCCACAGGCAACACAGAGGUGGUUCGGUAUUUGCUCAGAGAUCAGAGAUGUGCUGUGGAUGCAGUUGACCAGCAGGGAGCGACAGCGCUACAUGUCGCAGCAGAGAGGGGCGGAGUGGAAGUGUGCUGGACACUGCUGCAGAGAACAGGGUGCAGGAUGCUCUAUGAGAAGAACCACAGCGGCCUCACACCGCUGGAUCUCUGCAAACAGGGGAAAGCAUUUAGACAUCAGCAACUCACCAAGCUACUGAGUCGGUACAUUAAUGAGCCAAUACACCACAAGCCCAGAGAGUCUCAUGUUUUGUAUUACUGGACCCUGUUUUUUCCAACCCUGAGUGGAGCUGCCAUCCUGCUGAUAGCAGCAAUGUUGGGAGGCUAUGGGAGCCUAAUCUGCGGUUUGCUCUUCCCCUGGCUGGCCAGAACCAUCUUCACACAGUAUCACCGCAUGACCACGUACCAGAGGCUACCCAACCCGAUCUACUUGGGAACCCUCACAGCUGGCUUGUUCCAUUCCCUGCUCUGCUUCUAUGGAAAAAUAAUGCCUAGUGUGUGGCCAACCAGUGCUCUGGUCCAGGUGUCAAUGGUCCACUUCUCCCUGGUCCUCGGUUUGUUCUGUAAGAUUCUGACUCAGGACCCGGGGACACUGGACAGAGCAGAUGCAGAUCCUCGGUUCUCCUGUAUCGCUGACCUGGUGGAGAACAACCAGAGCCCUCACAGGUUCUGUCCAUACUGUGAGUUGUUUCUGCCCGACUACACAAAACACUGCAAGCUGUGUGAGGUGUGCAUUAAAGACUACGACCACCACUGCCUUUUCCUCAACCGGUGCAUCGGCCGGGGUAACCACCGCCUCUUCCUCCUCUUCAUCCUUUCAAUGGUGAUUGCCCACCUUCUUUUUGUUGCCACGGCAACAAGUUACCUGUAUGACAAGAUGCCUGCGGGCAAUCACACCUUGUCGCUGUGGCUCACGUUGUUGGGAGAGGAGUUCUGGGUCGUGGUUAUGAUGAGCAUGAAUGCACUGACACUCCUUUGGGAGGUGUGGCUACUGACCGAGCAGUUUGAUGCCGUUGCCACGGGCACGACCACCUACUUCCGACAGUGUGAAAGCUCCGCACGACAAAGGUCGCUAGGACAGCGCUGGGUUAUAGUGCUGUCGUUUCUGCUGGAGGGUCGGAGGCGGGUGGGCAGCGGACUAACAAGAGAGGACAAAACUGCCAUAGACAUUUAAAACUGUCAGUCUGUCUCGUAUCCAGCUGUUUCGUCAUCACUCAAACGCUGUUUCCAAAAAAGUUAGGAUGCUGUCUAAAACAUGAAUACAAUGAUGUGAUAACUUGCUAAUCCUUUUUGACAUAUACUCAAUUGAAAGCAGCACAAAAACAAUAUAUUUAACAUCUGACCUCAUCAACUUUAUUGAUUUUUGUAAAUAUCUGCUUAUUCUGAA